GGCAGCAGUGAAAGCUCAUUCGGCGAGGAACUCUCGCCAGGGAUGGAAAGGGGACGCAUGUAUGCCACACUGGGUCCCAACUGGAAGGUCCCUCUACGUAAUUCACCCCGGAGCCGCAGCUAUGUUUACAGCCCCUCAGGUGCCAACCCGUGCCACGGGUGCAGCGAGGUGGGCAGUGUUACUAUCGAGGGGCCCCUUCGGAGGAAGACCCUGCUGAAAGAGGGCCGAAAACCCAAGUUGUCAUCGUGGACACGCUUUUGGAUCACUCUCUCUGGUUCGACGCUGACGUUCUACGGGGCCAAGGCCUUGAGGGCCUCCGAGAGGAAGCAUUACAAAUCUUCAGCCUGUAAGAAGGUGUGUGUAACGGGCUGGAUGGUGGUCCUGCCUGACGACCCGGCUAGACCGAACAUCUUCCACCUCAACGACCCGGAUAAAGGUAAUGUUUACAAGUUCCAGACGGGAUCCAGAUUCUCUGCGAUCAUCUGGCACAAAAACCUGGAGGAGGCUUGCAGGAGCUGUAGACCUCAGAUACCAACCAACCUAAUGUCAUUUGAGUAGUGGACAACCAGUCAGCUUGCCCAGUGGGGAGUUAGUGCCAAGCCCAUUUCUAUGYGAGUCUAACAAACUCUGAUAAAAUGGUGGAACGGAGGAAUUGAUUGGAAUCCUAAGAAGUGAGGGGUGAGGAAGUGUGUCCUGUGUCCGAUUCUACAGACUGGAGCAGAUGCUCUUUACCACUGGACACACACACACAGCAGCGUUUUAGCCAAGGACUACAUGCGAUGUCUCUCUUUCCAGAGAAAGGAAAAACACAUAUUUAAGCCCUUGUUUCGUGUCAAAGCUUUCUCGCUUGUCGUCGUUUGUUCUGCUGCUAUAAACGUGUGAGCAAGCUCAUAUUUCUUUGGCCCAUGUUGGGUUUUGCUUAGAAGAAAGGAUUAAAAAAAAAUACCUGUAAAUGCACAAAGAAGACUGACAGUGUUAAGAGACUGUGAGAAGUAGGCUCGGGGACCAGUGACUUGGGCCCUUGGAGAUCAGCACUGCCAUUGCCCCCUUAACUAUUUCAGACAAUGUUUCAGACCACUGUUGACUGGACACCUUGCAAAACACACGCUAGACUGAUGCUCAUCGUCGACCCUGGUCCUUGCAAAACACACGCUAGAUUGAUGCUCAUCGUCCACCCUGGUCCUUGCAUCAUGCAGCCGGACUGAUACUCAUCGUCGACCCUGGUCCUUGCGUCAUGCAGUGGACUAUACAGCAGAAGUCAUGACUCUUUGAGUUUUCAAAUAAGGGAGAAAGGACUUGGCUUUCUAAAUAACUAGUUAUUUAACAUACAAAGUCUCAGCCAAACCUGAACCCCCCCCCCCCUGCUCUGUCAGACCAUACUAUUUAUUAUAGCCAUACAAACAAUGUCUGCCGAUUUAAAGACCAAUUUUUUUAAACUCCAAGUAGGUUGAGAAAGAAAAGUCUUUAUUGGUUCGGAUGAGAUGACAAAUGGUGAUAGACUUUUCUACCAGUCAGAAAUGAAACAAACAC